UCAGAAGCCUAUCCCGGAAAACUGGUAGAGAUAGAACGACCCUCACCCAUCGGACGAUGGUCAAGAGGAGGAGAAAAAACAUUAACUGACCAGCCUUAUUUUUGGACUCAAAAUGGAAUGUCACUCAAUUUACAGUGGAUUUCCAGGAUUCUGUUGCCGCCAAUCGACAGCCGCAAACAUUAUCGUCUGCUGUUUUGUUCUACGUUUGUUCUGAAUGAAUUUUCGAACUCUUUUCGGAGAAAUUUGGAAACGAUCGUCGCUUUGCUGAGAUUUCGGUGCGGCUAUGGAUGGUGGUUGAUGGGACUUUAGAGAAUCUAGAAAAUUGUUAUUAGUGCUUUUUAGAAAUUUCAAGCACUUUUUCUUGGUAUUAAUAGUGCUCUAGGAAGACAUUCACUUUUCGUAUAUUGUUAUUUUUUGCUGAAGUGAACGGUUGUCAAAUAAAACGGUUUCCAUGAUGAUCUCAGCUAUGCCAGCAGUUGCGGUGCGCCGCGGUCGGAAAAAGAGCAAGACCUUUGGCCGCUUCAACUUACCUCAGAGUCACCACUCGAGUACUUCCUCACUCAAUGGACGCAACAGAAGCUUCACCAGACGCCAGGGAGGGCAGAGCAUCAGCACCAUCAGCACCCAAUACGGUGGGAACAGGGCUUUCCGACACCGCGUGCGGUACGACAGCGAACUCGACAGACAGAGACGCAGAUUCCUCAUCUACAUGGGGACGUUGUUCCUCAUCACGGGCCUGCUGCUGGUCUUCAUAGGAGUCGGAGCCACAGUGCCCAUGGCACAGACCGUGGGCCUCGUUCUCUUAGGCAUCGGUGCCGUUCUCUGCAUCAUCAAGGUUUUCUGUUCGGAAGCGCAUGUCACGGACGUGCCACAGAAGAUCGUCGUGGAGGACGUCGACGUGGAGUCCAACUCGGCUGGUAACAACGAGGAGGCGGAUGCUACCACGCCGCUCGCCAAAAUUUCGGAAUUUACGGAACUGCCCACUUCCGAUUCGGCUAACUCUACAGCCCCAACCCCGCAGGAGGGCGCUGAAAAUACCAGCCAUCAGAAUAGCAUUACGCCAACCAGUCCACCAAACAGCAUACCGGAGACGCAAGUUUUGAUCGGCAACGACUCCAGCGGAAGGUACUAGGACUCUUGUCACAGAUCAUGAAACUCCAUCCUUUGACAUCCCAUUGAUUUUAUUUUGCGAUGAUUUGAAAAAGAACCUUGGGAAUGAUGAAACUCCUACAGGAAAAAAAAAAUGUGCGGAUUAUUUACUUUGGCGAAGUAUUGAGACAGGAACCGAUUCUAAAACUCUAUGCAUCAUUGCAUAGCAUCAGUUUUGUUCCUUAUAUGUGAAAAAAAAGAAAGCAUAUUAAUGGAAAAAAUCUUUAAACCGAUUGAUAAAUAUUAUUUUUGAAAUGUUCGUUUAACUAAAGAGACUAUCAUUGAGAAUUUAAAUAUUUAAGAUAUUUUGUAUGGAAAUUAACUCCUUGUAUUUUUCCCGAAUCGGAUCAAAGGCGCUGCUUACAGUGGCAUUGCAGUUAACCAUUUGUUCAUCUUCUACAGAAUCAGAAUGAAGUAUCGAUAUUUCAUUUAUAAUGAAAUUUUCCACAGUGAUCAACCAAAAAUUAAAUAUUUUUCGUCUCGUUCAUUUCAGUGUCGUGAUUUCAGCUUUAUUCCUGCAUUCUUUAAAGACAUAGAAAAGAUAUUACUUUUUAUUUAAUAAAUUGCUUCUCAAGUAAAUGGGUUAAGAUAAGCUGUAUAUCAUAUAAAAUAAUCACAUUAGCGAAUAAUUUAUGAAGGAUUUGAAAUGGAAGAAUUUUCUAGGCAAUCAUUACGAAUCAAAAUGAAAAUAAUAAGCAUGCCAGAUAUCUUUAACCUUCUCAUGAAACAAUUUUCGUCUAUAUUUUAAAAAAAAUUAUCACCAGAAAUUUCAUUGUAAUAUAAUUCGCAUUAAAGCAUUAAAAAUAUAUUAAACAUUACAUUAAUAGAAUAAAAAAUAUAUCAAAAUAUAUUCUUAUUUCCAAAUGCAAUGUGCUAACUAUAUUUUUUAGUUAAAUUAACUAUUCACUUUAAAGCUGCUAUUUGGCUUUAUUGAGGCAAAUUUUGCCAUUAAUGUUAAAUACAAUAGACUACAAAAGAAUGCUUCAACGUAUUUUGUAAUGCUGUGUUUACAAAGCAUAAAUAUAUAUAAUUCCAUUACCUUUCUUAGAAAAUUCCACCAUCAAUGAAUUCGAAUCCACAGUGCUUUAAAAAUACAUAAAGGUGUCUCUCAAGUUUCUGUUUAGAACUCGUCAUAAAAUAAGAAGUUCUUUUUUUUUAUUUCGACAAUUUGCUACUGUUUCCAAUAUUUUAAAUUGAUCUGAAAAUAAUAUUCCCAUUCUAAUAUUAUAUGAAAAUAGGGGAGGUAUAUUAUUUCAGAAUUCUUAUUAGAAGGUACAUCUGUUUUCAUAUUAAUACCUCGAUAAAGGUAAAACUACAAUUAUUAUUAGUAAGAAACUUUGUAAAAUAUGUUGACAAAGUUGUAAAAUGAGGAAGCUUGUUAUUUUUAUUUAAUGUUGCUGUCCAUCUUUACUUUUAUAACACCCAUCCAAUAUCCAUAUCGUUGUCGACCAAAACUUGGUGCUACUACGACUCAAAUCACUUAGCACUACUAAAGCAAGAAUCAUUGCUGCAAUUGCCUUUAAUCUAAGAACCAUGUGCAAAUGAUAUGAUGAACUGACUUUAACAACUAAUUGCUUGUUCAUCAGACUCAUGUUGCUCCUCACUUUGUGAAAACGUUCAAAGAAUGUUUCUGUGUGCAAAAGAUAUCAGUCUUGGUGUAUAAACACGCCAUCAAAUGAUUCGAUGAAUGACAUGAUGAUCAACAUAAACUUUUCAAUAUGAACUGUAAUCAUAGAAGACUUCUUCGUUCUUUAUGAGAAUGGCAAUGGAACUAUUUCAAGAAGAAUAGGAACUUCAGUAUUACAUGACGCAAAAAGAAUUUUUUUUAAUUACGGUCUGAGGUAACAGUGUAUUGAUGCCACCAUGAAACUGUCACAGUAGUGAUGUGUAUCAGAAUUCAAUGGUAGUUUGGCUUCCAGUAAAUGUUAACUAGGCAGCUGAUCGUCUUGAAGUGUGUAUUAUACAACCGAAAUUUGAAUUUCAUUUCAACCAUUAAUAAUUGAAAAAUUCUGCAAAUAUGGGCGCUCAUAAACAUCAUUAUUAUCAAAAUAGUAAUAAAAGAAAUUUAAAAAUCAUGUUUAAAUAAAAUGAUAGUUUCAUAUAGGCGAGGUUGCGAACAUAUUGACGCAAAUUUUGAAAAUAAAGUAUAACAUUCCAAGCAUAUAAAAAUUUUGUAGUUAAUUUAUUAAAUCACUAUUUCAGGAGCCCAUAUUUGAAAAAUAAACAGCUCUUGCAACCAUUACUCAGUUUUAUAGCAAUUUAAAAUCUUGUUAUCUUAAAUUGCACUUACUUAAUUUGAUUUAAGGUGGGUUAUAAGACCUCCAAUAGGCAGACCAU